AUAAACAAAACACUGCAGAAUAAAAAAAUUAUAAAGCACAGCAGUUAGGGUUUGAUAGUGAAAAUACAAAUGGGCAACAAAGAGGGAAAAUCCACCGGCGGCAGAGGAAAGACGGCGCCGGCGACGAAGUCAGUCUCCCGCUCUUCAAAAGCCGGUCUUCAAUUCCCGGUCGGUCGAAUUGCUCGUUUUCUCAAAGCCGGCAAGUACUCUCAGCGUGUCGGUGCUGGUGCUCCCGUUUAUCUCGCUGCUGUUCUCGAAUACCUCGCUGCUGAGGUGCUGGAAUUGGCGGGAAAUGCUGCGAGGGAUAACAAGAAGACUAGGGUUAUCCCGAGGCACAUUCAGUUAGCGGUGCGGAAUGAUGAGGAGUUGAGCAAGCUUUUGGGGUCUGUUACGAUUGCGAAUGGAGGUGUGAUGCCGAAUAUUCAUCAGAAUUUGUUGCCGAAGAAGGUGGGCAAGGGGAAAGGGGACAUUGGCUCUGCUUCGCAGGAGUUCUAGGGUUGUUGAUUUCAGGCUGUUUUCAGUUUUUGCUAUAUGGUACUAGUGGGAAUGUAGGGUGCUUUUGUGAUAUAUGGUUGUGUUUUGAAAUGCUUUGGAUGAAUGUCAUGUAAAUUUGUUGAUAGCUUAAUGGCGAAAAAUCUUUGGUUAUGAAUUCAAAUUUGGUUUUCUUUUGUGUGCU